UAUAUGUCAUAUGAUAGGGGAUACCUUUAAAAAUAAGAAGAGAAUAAGAGAAAAUUAUUUGUAAAUAGUAAAAGGCCCAUUUCGAUGGAGUGCAUGUAAUUCCUGUAAGAAAUUUUUAUUAUUUUCCCUUGUUUUUAAUCAGUUACCUCUUUGAGGGACAUGGUUUAUUAAAAAAAUCCAGCUGUAGAAAAGGAUAGUGCCAACCACUUACUAAUGCAUUUUGAUUUGGACAAAUUUGUAUAUCAUUUAUUUAACAUCUAGCGUUAGUUUGUAGCUAAACUAAGCAAAAGGUGGAACAAUUUUUAAUCCACCUAACUCCAAAGAGUAAAAGUUGCAUCGAAACCCUUAAUGAGAGAAUUGAAAAUUCGCGCCAGGUUAAAGAGUUUGAGAGGUGUAUGUAUAAAUCGUAGAUGGCAUUUCUUGAAACAAUUUGUGCGGACUAGCAGACGACAUGUUUGUACACAAGAAAUAAGGUAAAUUCUCUCGAUUUUCCUUAUGAAGAUCAUAAAUGAACAUGAAUGAAUUAUUUGCCGUCGAAGCUAUAACAAUUUCAAUAAACUGUGAUUGAGUCGAAUUCGUAACAUUCCGCAAAACUCCAGCAGAACUAGAGUUAUUUGCCAGCUAUAUUUACUUGGAUGUCGUGUAUGCUGUUUAUCUUUCAUUUACUGACUUGUGUGUAAACUUAUCUUUCCGAACGAGAAACUGCAAUGCUCGGAUAAGAUCUGCUCUACUCAUGAUAUAAGUUAACGACUAUGCUGCUAAUUAUCGUAUUCGAAUGUAAUAUUGUGCAGGUAUAACAAUUGAAAUGAAAUGAUUUUUCGCAUGUCAUAAAAAAGCAACUGAAGAGAGUUAAAAAUGUCAAUUGGCGACUUGUUAGAAAGAUUAACGAAGCUUUUGUGCUCAAUUGUUUAUUCCAUAAACAAAGUUCAGUUGCAUUGUUGCAUGUGUCGUGUGUAGAAGUGUUACUUUCAUAUCGCAAAUUGCCUGCAGCCAAAUGUCACGAACUUUGCGUUACCCGUGACAGUACCUUUUGUUUGCUAUAAAUAGAAAAAGUAGGUUAUCCCUAAAAUCAAUUCCGAAAAUAGGGCAAUUAACCGAAUAUGUUCAUCGUUUUAAAUAAGCAGUUUUGAGGCGAAAUCUUACAUCACACAGCUUCUGUCAUUUUUUUGCUAAGUUUUCCUCUUUAAUUUAUUAUGAAAUUUAAAGAAGUUUUUAAAACUUUCAAUUGAACCUAAAAUAAGGCUCAGUUAUUACCUUAAUGUAGCCUUAUUUAAUACUGUCCUCACUCUUAUUUUGUGCAUAAAUGCCAAAAUAUUAGAUAAUAUCACUAUGGAGUUAAAUAAUGUGGGAAGCAACAAAAGCUCAAUAUACGUGGCAAUAUCAUUUAAAAAAUUAUGUUUGGCAACAGUAUCUUUACCUCUGAUUACUCUUUUAUUCUGCUUUGUCACUGCGUAUAUUUUUCAACAAGAUGACAUUCACGAAACACAUUGUAGGGUUUACAAUGUACUUCCAUCAAUUUCUGCCAUUACUGGUGUAUCUCCUCAACGAUACUUGUGGCGUAUAUGUAUAGCAUUACAUAUUGGUCCUCGUUUAAUUAUAGCCAGUGUUUAUCAUGCGUAUUAUUAUAAUAUACUCAAAGCAAUCGAAGAUGUACCUUUGAGAAUUACGGGAUGUAGACUUUUAAAUUUAUGUUAUUGGUUGAAUAUCGCGGAAGUAGCAGCUUUAUGUGGUGUUACAUAUAUCUCCAACAGAGAGAAUUAUUCGGUGCAUGAAAAAAUCUUCAUUGCCUUCAUGAUUAGUUCCCUUACAUAUAUGCUAACAGCGGUAAGGCUGGGUCGCCUUGUGACACCAAAUGCACAAAGUCUUCAAUACAAACAGGCACUUUUUGUAACAAGUCUUAUUAGUACUAUUGGACUUAUAAUUUUCUUCCUAAAACACAGAUUACUGUGUCACGAUCUGGCAUUUAGUUGGUUUUCCUUAUGCGAGUAUGUGAUUGCCUCUGCAAACAUGGGUUUUCAUGUUACCGUAGUUCUAGACUUUCCCAAGGAGCAUCUGGUUGUUGGGAAUGGUAUAUCCGCCUUAAAGGCGGAAUAACGCGUCAUAAUAUUUUAUAUUCAUCAUUAUCUUAUUAUUGUAAUCAAAGUGCCUACUGCCACUGUCUGGAAGUGCUAUUGCCAAGAAUUAAAAUGAAAUUACAUAUUACACAAAGCUGGGUAUCCGCUGGCAAAUACUAAAGAACAUUUUUUUACAUAAUAUGUCUGUAUUAAAAGAAUCUAAAAGGAUUUAUAAAUAGUUACCGCACAUUUAAUGAAUUCUGUGAUAUUUUAUAACAUUUAUCGUCUAUAACGUUUGAGACGGUCAAAAAGUAAAAUUAAAAUCAUUAUUUUUAAAUACCGUUCUUCUUAUGAAAGGAAUAAAAAGAGAGAAAUGUCACAGAAUUAAUUCAUGAUACGACAUUGAAAAUAAUAAGUGAUUAUAAACUCCCAAAAGUUUUAUUGAAUGUUCCAUAAUGUAGACUCUUUUUAUAAAAUUUAUUUAUUUAUUUUGUGAACAAUUCUCGAAAUUUUAAUGUCUGAGCGAAAAUAUUUUUAAAAAUAUUGACUACGAUAUAUUUACUGGUAUACUAAAUGCUGACACAUGAUAAUAUUUGUAUGUACGUAUCAUGAAUAUUUACUACAUUUAAAUGGUUUUUUUGAAAUAUUUGUCUUGAUAAGGAUUCAAAAAAUGUUACAUACUAAGUGGAUACACAGUUCAAUGCACAACAUUUCUCUAAAUAACUCAUAUUUAUAAUUAAACAAGGUAAUACCAGUUUGAUCCAAUGCUAUACAUUAGAUUAGAAAUACUUAAAAUAGUUUUAUCUAAAUUGCUGCAUUUAGUUGUUAAUAAUUUUUAAUUUAAAGAACAUGUAUCUUCCAGUUAUUUUCCGAAAGAAUAACAAAUCUAGCGCUUCCAAAGUAUGGCACUGGUAUUUUCCCAGGCAAUGAAAUCUUUAAUGGCCUUUUGGGUAGUGGUAAACUCGUAGUGGUACUAGAUAAAUAUGUAUCCUACAUACAAACAAUAUUAAAUACUAUAAAGUCCAAAAACUAAUGGGAUUCCAUAUUUAGGUUCUAUGUAUAGUUCAUUUGAAAGAGGAAGAAAGAAUUAAUCGUGUAAAGGAAAAAUCGCGAUACGGGCUGGCUUAUCAAGAGUUUUAGACCCGCUUAUUUAGAGCAUUUUUGCAAAGUGAGAAUUCUAGUCGAUAAUUAAUUCUAGUCGUUAUAUUUUUGAUCUGUAUUAAAGCGAUAUUACGUUGUCACGUCAUGAAGUUUUAUGCAUUGUUAGCAUGUAGGAUGCAUUUACGUCAACGUGACUUUUGUCUUUAACGGGGGUGCGUUUAUGGAAUAAUAAAUGUACGCAAAACUUAAUUUAAGGUACAAUAGAAAUAUUGUACAUCGUUGUAUGUACAGCUGUAUAUCAAUAUACUUUACCGUGCAUAAGUAUACAUGGGUUGUACAUUAUGUAAAAUAUAAUACAACCAAAAAGGAACGCAUAAUCGGUCCUGUACGUUUGAAAUUGAUCAUUGCAAUUUUAUGUUACGAAUAUAAGAAUUACUACUUACGUUUAUGUUUAACAUACAGUCUUUAAGUACAACAUAAUAAUUAACACAUAAUUGGCAUUUGAAUAAUUACGAAACACAUAAACAGAAACUAAAACCAAUAAUUAUCUUGUAUAAUAUAUUUCUGACCAAAGCUUAAAUAACGUCCGAAAUUAUGGAACAAAUUUAAGAAAUUAAUUCGUAUAACUGUUUGUACCAAAUUUUAUAACCGAGAGCGACAUACUCUCUUUUAAUACCUCUAUAAGGUAUUCACAGUAAUAUUUGACAGAGAACAUUAAGAAGGAGACCACAUGGUAUGUCGCGUGCCUAUUUUAACGAGGCUUACUAGGCAGCUAGGAAACUAAAAAACAUUUUACCAAUAUCAAACUUUAUAUUUAAAUUUCUUAAUCCUAUUUCUGAUAGUUAUCUGUUUUAUCGAUUUAUUUGUUAUUUGUAAAACUCCUUCUUUAUUUUUUUAUUAAGGGUAAAAUUCAUCGAAUAGUUACAUUACAUUGAUAACGUAAAUCGUAAAUGUUUUACUUAAUAUAUUUACUGAAAUAUUGUUUUCUUAUAAUAGCUAAUUUCUUCGGUUACGAGUAUUAAAAUUAUGCAUUGGAAUGUAUCGUGUGACGUAAUCUCUGAUUCUGAAUAAUCUCGUUUUCGUUAAUGUCUUUUUAAUUAGCUCUCAAGACAUUCAAAAAAAGUUUUGCAAUAAAGUCUGUUUCUUUUUUAAAUACUAUCAUUCCUACAACUUUCAAAAUUUCACAAAAUCGUAUUGUUGUACGAUAGAGAGUAUCUUUAAAAAUAAAAAGACUGCCGAACUUUUGAUUCUUAAUUACCGACAAGAUCUGAAUUAUAAAUACCGUUGUUAAAAAAAUUAUUCCUCAAAGUCUAGGAAAUGUUUUAGAUAUGGUAACAGGUUUAUUUCAAUCGUGUCUAUGCAAUUUCUGUAAUGAAUUCGUGAGAAUGCAAUUCCUUUUGAGUUAAUAUAGUGCAUUUCAGGCCACUUAACUUCGGUAAUUAGGCACAAUACAUAUUAUAAUUACGAAAAUAAAGAUAAAAAUUCUGAUUAUUAUUGCUUAAUUAUUAAUUAAUAAUUAUUUGUUGAUUCAGCUACAAAGCCUCGUGAACAUCGGCGCAUAACUUAUCACGUAGUCACCUUCUAAGCGAAACAAAGUUUACGAUGAAACACGUUGAUGUAGGUAUCGGAAUCAGUUUUAUAAAAUCGUACGAAUAUGUGUAAUACUUGAAGACACCGAGCUGAAUACAUCGUUUAGCUUUAUAAAUGAUAUAUUUCAGUGUGACGCUCCUUAUAUAUUUUGUUUUAAAUGCAAAUAGACAUGGAUAGAUUUUAGAUAACGUUUAAAGGUGUCAUUAUUGCGCACUUUGUUAUACAAACGUUCCCUGUACGGUAUAUUUUGAUGUCUGAACAGUUUUUUUAAUUUUUCUCAGAGCUUCGUUACGAAAAUAAAUUUAUAAAAAAUACAAUAAUUGCGUAACAACUGUUUGUUUUGAAAUAUUAUCGUUGAAUUUUGAGCAACUCACUUCGACGAAUGGUCAAAAAGGUAACUUUAAAUAUUGAAUCACUUAAAUUACAUAUCAUAACAGUUCCGUUAUAAAACAGAAGAUUGUUUCUAUCCGUUUGUAAACACGAUAGGGAAACGUCGAUCGUCACAGUUGGUUUUUUCGAUACAAUUAUCAGACAUUAAAAUCCGUGCCAAGUGAUGUAUUAAAGAUACUCUGCAUAUAUUUACUGUACUGGCAUCGGCACCCACGGUGUUACGUAGAUUAAAAUCGAUGUACAAAAUAUCUUUAAUGAAUCGCUUACCUCUUAAUUACAGUGUAAUCGUUUAAACCGUUUUACACGUUCAAUUGCAAUCGGUUGUUUAUCGUGCGUUCUUCUUAAUUAUCCUUGGAAAGUCAAAUUAAUUUGUAUAUUUGUAGGCUGUUCAUCGGUAGAUGUAGGCGGAAUAUGAGAUAUCGAUACUAAGAAUACUCUGAAAGCGAGACAAUUGUAAAUUCUUCUUUCGAAAUGGUUUGGAAAAAUGAAUAAUUAUGCAGUUAUAUUAGUUGGUCGACGAAUAACUUGGAGUUAUUUAUUGGUAGAUCGAAAGAGUAUCUGGUUACUCGGUUGGGUUCGUUUCGAUAGAUAAUCAUCUUAAUUUUAUGGUAGGCUCUCCUGUACUUACCGUGUAACGUUAUCAAUUGGAUUGUUUCGACGAGGUUACAAUCGACUCGAUUCGACUCGACUCGAGACAAAGAAAUCUGAUACGGUUUAUGUAAAAUGUCACGUCGGUGCCAGAAUAUAACGUGUUGAUGAAGUGCAAGUUGGAGCAACCUUGACAUGUGUCAGAAUCUUUAUUUAAUUGAUGUCAGCCACUUGGCACGAUGACUCUGUCAUGAAUUAGGCUGAAUGUCCCCUGCGGUUUGAGCAGAGAUUCAUUAUGUAAAGUAGUUGAAAGCGGGUUCUGGAGCAGAGUGACGGGCCACUAUAAUUACAAUAAUAAUUAUACAUUGGACGCAUCGAGCGACGAAUAACGAUAUCCACUUUUUUCCACAUUGCUCCUCCCCGCGAUUUGUACAUAUAGCGAGUGCACGUGUAGUUAAAAACUUAGGCGAAGAACUUUAUAUAUCAGUAAGUUCGAGUCGCUUGAAAUUGCAGGCAUCCGGGUAGCGACCGACGAAAGACUCGAUAAUCGGUUUUUCAAUUAUAAUUAUACGUCAAUUUUUCUCGUCGCAUGCAUGCACGCACCUUAGCAUUCGCGAGAAGAGUUUUAGCUCGAACCUCAAAAUUACACUACGAGUUAACGUGAAAUUGUACCACGAAGACGCACAGUGGUCUGAAAUCGCGAAAACCUAGCCAAAAAUAGAACGAGUUGAAAGAUAAAUAUAAAAAUUGAAGCAUUAUAGUUUUUGCAGUCACUGAUUGCGAAUCUGACAUCAAAAUUUCGAAAUUCAAAGUGGCAGAUUCAACACGGUCACGAUGUAUAUUAGAAAUUUAUUAGAUUUGCGUAAAAUUGGUACAUUAUGGCUUUUGUGGUCGUUGAUUACGAAUCUGACAUCAAAAUUUUGAAAUUCGAAAUUACGGAUUCAAUAUGGCCGACAUGUAUCUGACGCGUAACUACGCUGACCGCCGCGCGCCAUUCGAAAUAAUCGUGCGCGUCUAAACGAAAAUUGAUCAGAAAACCAAGACUGCAGAUUACCGCAGCUUAUUUUCUAAUAUUUCAAUACUACGUAGCCUAAGCUAAAGAUUGAGCGUAAUAACAACGCGGGAUAUCACGGAAUCCAUAACUUUUGCCUUCACUGAAAAUAAUUUUAUUCGUAAAUUUACUGUUUUUCGCGAGCACUCUUUAAACUCAUGUUUAGUAUAUACCCAUUGUCGAUGAAUAAUAUCUCUAUUUUACAGAAUUAAAAUAUAUCACUUCAACAAAAAAUCACGCUCACUGAAACACAGGUCAAAAUUCACAGUGCGCUAGACAUAGCGUGCGUGUAUGCUUGUACAAGUUGCAACUGUGAACUGACCUACCAUGUCGGGUAUAAAAGAUAGUUUCUUGAAAAUUUUACCUGAAAUGCACUUCUUGUCACUAAACAAUAUGGCGUUGUAUUCAUUUCGAUACAGGAACUUUCGUUUUUUGAAUUUUGCCCAGGUUUUUACGAUUUCAGACCACUGUGGGACGUUCCAAUUCAUCGUAAAGAUACGUUCACACCCUCAGAGUGAUCAAAGGAGAGUUAUUAGCGAGAGAAAUGUCGAUGAAUGUCAUUGAACAAAAAAAAGAAAAAAAAAGAAAGAAAAAGAAAAAAAGAAAAACAAGUAUCGAUAGAAAUAUUUGUUAGACUCUUAUUCCUAACGAUAUUAUUCCGACUAUUUUUCUAGAAUAGUGAUAUUUGGUUGUGAGCUGAUAUUUUACGUAAUGUUAUUAACUGCGCACGCAAAGUAUAUUUUCUUCCCGUUUCGGUUUUGUAAACGAUACAGAAAUUUUGCGUGCCAGAAUGAGCUUCGUAGACUUGAUAUUAAGCGUGUGUUGGAAAACUAGGGAGCUGGAAAGAUUGCCUGUGGAUGGAAACGAGACUCGGUGAUCGGAAUUUUUGGGAAAGGUUGCGUCGCUGUUUUCUAUCGCGUAAAACUAACAGUUUACUCUUUCACUGCGGAGGGCGUAUACAUAUAUUCGUCCUUCAAAAUUAGAUUCAGAUCCAUUUUCUAGGAUGUAUGGGAGGCACAAUCGGAGACAAAUGUAUAUGAAAUUUUAAUUAAUUAAAUGUCUUUGUUGUUA